AUGCCCGUGUCAUCGCACUGUGACUACCAAACCCUCACUGCGGGGGAGCGGCGUCUUCCAGCUGCCUGGGAUCCAGACUUCCCGCAGUACUACGUGGGUGUAACCACAACUUUCUAUGGAGCCAGCCUCCAACUCACGCCUACCCCAGAGGAGGACCCCACCAAAGCGCUGUCUCUGUGUGUGUCAGUCUCCUCUCCCCUCACUCACACCAUGGCUGCAUGGUGGCAGCCGCUUGUCUCCGUCUGCCUCGCUCACUUUCUCGUUUGUGGUCUCUGUCCUCCAUCGAAUGCUUUCCUCUCAGAGACAAAGGGUUUUGACGUGCUGAAGGGGAACUUCUCCCGAACGUUCCUCCGUGUUGGCUACCACAAGGUGACAGUGAUUCCUGCAGGAGCCUGCAACAUUAGCAUCAAGGAGGCAGUCAAAACACGAAACUACAUCGCCUUGAAGACGCACACUGGUGACUCCAUCAUCAAUGGCAACUGGGUGAUUGACAAGCCGGGAAUCUUCGCAGCUUUGGGCACACAGUUCACUUACCGGCGACCCAAUGAAAUCCGCUCUCGGACUGGAGAAUCCAUCAGCGCUACCGGACCUCUGACAGACGACUUGCAUGUUUAUUUGAUCUACCAGCAACCAGGUGUCAGAGUGUACUAUGAGUACUUGAUGCCUUUGAAGACCACCAGGCCACCUCCACAGACCACCACACCCUUUGCUGCAAUUCCUCAAACACUGCAGCAUGCACGGUUGACAAGGGAACCCACCUACAUCUGGAUCAAGGCUGGAUAUACGGAGUGCAGCUCAUCAUGUGGCACAGGCUGGCGACAAAUGAUUCUCCAGUGUGUCGCCAAAGACUCCAUGAUGACCGUCAGUGCACACUUCUGUGAUGCUGGACAACAACCAACCAGCCAGGAGGAAGUGUGCAACACUGAGCCCUGUCCAGCGUACUGGGAUGUUGGCGAGUGGUCUGAGUGCAGCAAGAGGUGUGGACCAGGAACUCAGCUCCGACAAGUCAUCUGCCGCCAGGUCACCAGCGUCCAGAAAAAUGGGACCGAAAACUCGGUCACUGUGGAAUCAGAACUGUGUGGGACAACAGAUCGACCUGCUACCUCAUCUACCUGUCAGAUGAAGAUCUGCAGCCAGUGGGAAAUCCGCUCGGAGUGGAGCGCAUGUUCAGUGCCGUGUGGACUGGGCCAGCGGAGCAGGCAGGUGGUCUGUGUGAGCAACCAGGGCGAGGUGGAGGAGGACCAGGAGUGCAACAUGAACCUCAAACCGGACGCUCUUGAGAACUGCGACAUGGGUGCGUGUGCCCGGAGCUGGUUCACCUCGCUCUGGAGUGAGAAGUGCUCAGCAACGUGUGGCAAAGGUGCACAAACCCGGAGAGCUGUGUGUCUGAGGAAUCAUGUGAGUGAUCUUCCGCUGGACAGCUGUGACGGCGAGCGCCCCUUGGAAGAGAAGCCAUGUGACUCAGGUCCAUGUCAGAAGCGUCUCGAGUGGUACUCUGGGCCUUGGAGUCAGUGCUCUGCAGAGUGUGGGAAUGGCACGCAGACGCGGACUCUGGCUUGCAUCCUUAACAACAACAGUCUUAUGGAGGUGGUGGACCAUUCCAGAUGUUCACAUCUUCCGCAGGAGGUUACAGUUCAGCCCUGCAUGUUGAAGCCGUGUGGGGUCCAGUGGUACGUCACAGAGUGGAGUGAGUGUUCCCUUCCAUGCGGUGGAGGUUUUCGGGUCCGAGAGGUGCGAUGUCUCACGGACAGCUUUGCCCCCAGUGACCUUUGUGACGCCAACAUAAUACCAGGCAAUCGGGAAGAAUGCAACACUCAUCCUUGUAAAGCAGAGAUCACUCCAUCCUGCAGUGACCAGAACCACAACUGUGUGGUGGUGGUCCAGGCGCGACUGUGUGUUUACAACUACUACAGGAGCAUUUGCUGUGCCUCCUGUGCCAAAGCCCAGAAAGCUUACCCCUACUCCUCGCAGAAAAACCACAUCCGCAGGUGA